UGUCGGUGAAGUCAGCGCCGAGUCCCAGAAAAACAGAGCGGGGCCAACUGCAGCGUGUAGUGCGAGCGGGGCAGGACGCACGGGCCCGGAGACCCGCAAGGAGUUGGCAUCCUUUGGAAGAGUCUGUGAAGCCCUCUCUCUGCCCAGAGCUCCAAGACCAAUGCAUCUUCCCACCACCUUCAGCCGUUGAGCAGCCCAGAGCCCCAGCUGCGGAAGAAGACGCGUCCUGCUCCCGCCAUGAGCUCGGAGUGUGACAUUGCUGCAUCCAAGGCCAUGCUGAACGGCCUGGCACCCGGCAGCGAUGGGCGCGACAAAGAAAUGGAUCCUACAAAAAUCUGCACCGGGAAGGGAGCGGUGACUCUCCGGGCCUCGUCCUCCUACAGGGAGACCCCAAGCAGCGGUCCUGUGAGCCCCCAGGAAACCCCGCAGCGGGAAAGCCAGCCAGAUCUGGACCCAGGGACUCCCUCAGCAGAUGAUUGGAGGCUUUCUUCCGGCGCUGAUGCCAAUGGGAACGCCCAACCUUCUUCGCUCGCUGCCAAGGGCUACAGAAGCGUGCACCCCAACCUUCCUUCUGACAAGCCCCAGGGUUCCAGUCCUGUGCUAAAUGAAGUUUCUUCCUCCCACACUGGAGGCGACUCCCAGGCCUCCACACCCGUGAGCAAGCCCUCCUCGGCCUACCCCUCCACCACCAUCGUCAACCCUACCAUCGUGCUCCUGCAGCACAACCGAGAACAGCAAAAACGACUCAGUAGCCUUCCAGAUCCUGUCUCAGAAAGAAGAGGAGGAGAGCAGGCCUCGGCACCAGCCCAGGAAAAACCCACAUCCCCUGGCAGGGCCGCUGAGCAAAAGACCAAGGAUGGCGGCAGGCGGGUGGUUCAGAGCGCACAGGACCUGAGUGAUGCAUCCAUGGAUGCAGUGGGCAUCCCACUCAGGAACACCGAGAGAUCAAAAGACUGGUACAAGACCAUGUUUAAACAGAUCCACAAACUGAACAGAGAUGACGACUCCGAUCUGUACUCCCCUCGUUACUCCUUUUCUGAAGAUACAAAAUCUCCCCUUUCUGUGCCCCGCUCAAAAAGUGAGAUGAGCUACAUUGAUGGUGAGAAGGUAGUUAAGCGGUCGGCCACGCUGCCCCUCCCAGCCCGCUCUUCCUCGCUGAAGUCCAGCCCAGAGAGAAACGACUGGGAGCCCCCCGAUAAGAAAGUGGAUACAAGAAAAUACCGCGCAGAGCCCAAAAGCAUUUACGAGUAUCAGCCGGGCAAGUCUUCCGUUCUGACCAACGAAAAGAUGAGUCGGGAUAUAAGCCCAGAAGAGAUAGAUUUAAAGAAUGAACCUUGGUAUAAAUUCUUUUCGGAAUUGGAGUUUGGGAAACCGCCUCCCAAAAAGAUAUGGGAUUAUACUCCUGGAGACUGCUCUAUCCUUCCUAGAGAGGAUAGAAAGACUAAUCUAGAAAAAGAUCUGAGCCUCUGCCACACAGAGUUAGAGGCAGAUUUAGAACAAAUGGAGACGAGUAAUAAAGCCGGCGGCGCAGCCCGGCCACAGAGCUCAGCCGUCAGCCCCAGUCUGGAAGUUUCCUCAGAGCCUCCUGGAUAUGUGUAUUCUUCCAGCUACCACGCAGUGAAGAGGGAACCAGAAGGUGCUCCCGGGGAUCUCACUAGCUUGGAGAACGAGAGGCAGAUUUAUAAAAGUGUCUUGGAAGGAGGCGACAUCCCUCUUCAGGGCCUGAGUGGGCUCAAGCGACCGUCCAGCUCGGCGUCCACAAAAGUGGAUCGUAAAGGUGGGAAUGCUCACAUGAUUUCUUCAUCUUCAGUCCAUAGCCGAACGGUUAACACUAGCAGUGUCUUAGGUCCCGUGUGUAAACACAAGAAACCCCUGUCAGCUGCGAAAGCCUGCAUCUCCGAGAUCCUUCCUUCCAAGUUCAAGCCCAGGCUCUCUGCGCCCAGCGCCCUUCUGCAGGAGCAGAAGAGUGUGCUGCUGGCCUCAGAGAAGGCCCAGAGCUGCGAGAACCUCUGCGUUUCGGGGUCUCUGAUGGACUCCAGAAGAGGGCUCCCGCUCCAGGCCGGGGGGAGCAUCGAGAACCUGCUCAUGCGCUCGAGGCCCGAGGACGGCAGCAGGUCGGGCAGCACCAUGAGCCUGCAGGAGUACAGCAGCAGCUGCAGGAGGCCCUGCCCCCUCUCCAGGAAGGCCGGCAUGCAGUUCUCCUUGCUGUACCGGGACAUGCACCAGAUCAACCGAGCCGGCCUCUCCCUGGGCUCGGUCUCAUCGUCGAGCGUGAGAGACCUCGCCUCGCACUUUGAACGGAGCAACCUGGCGCUGUCCAGGGGCGAGCUGGGCUCCAGCCAGGAGGGCUCCGAGCACAUCCCCAAGCACACCGUCUCCUCUCGUAUCACUGCCUUUGAGCAGCUGAUCCAGCGGUCCCGGUCCAUGCCCUCCCUCGACUUGUCCGGCAGGCUGAGCAAGUCCCCCACGCCUGUGCUGGCCCGGAGCUGCCUCACCUCCGCCCGCUCCGCCGAGUCCCUCCUAGAGUCCACCAAGCUCCGUCCCAGGGCCGUGGACGGGGCACCCGCCGGCGGACUCUACGCCUCCCCUACCUGCGGUAAUAUGGCAGACCACAGCUUGGGCUUCAGGGGUCUGGCGCCUUCCGAGCCCCUCUCCACCUGCUCCGAUGAGCUCGACCACUGCUCCAACAUCUCCAGUGACAGCAGGGAGGGCAGCAGCGGCAGCGUGUACGGAGAUUUCCCCAGACACCGCCUCAACAAGUGCAAGGGCACCUGCCCCGCCUCCUACACCCGCUUCACCACCAUCCGGAAGCACGAGCAGCAGCAGCCGCCCCCCAGGCAGCCCGAGUGGCGCCUGGAUUCCAGAGGGGACAAGAGCACUCUCCUCAGGAACAUCUACCUGAUGAGCCCCCUCCCUUUCCGGUUGAAAAAGCCCCUCCAGCACCACCCCAGGCAGCCUCACCCUGCUGACUCCUCGGGCCUCCCCAGUCCGCCCAGGCAGGACCAGCCCCCCGCGGGCGGGAAGCCCUCGGUCCCCGCACGCCUGUCUUCCCGCCACACCAUGGCCAGGCUGAGCCGCAGCUCAGAGCCUGCUCAGGAGAGACCCACAGCCCCCGAGGACGGCCCCGGGGCCUUUCAUAAUGGGAACCCCAUGCCGUACUCUGACCACGGCCUGGACGGGAACAACAACCCGCAAAGCGAACGGGCAGCGGCGCGCGGAGAUUCAGAAUCGCCACGGCACUUUAUCCCAGCCGAUUACCUGGAAUCCACGGAAGAAUUCAUCCGCAGACGUCAUGAUGAUAAGGAGAAACUUUUAGCGGACCAGCGACGACUUAAACGUGAGCAAGAAGAGGCCGAUAUCGCAGCGCGCCGCCACACGGGCGUCAUCCCCACGCACCACCAGUUUAUCACUAAUGAGCGCUUUGGGGAUCUCCUCAAUAUAGACGAUACUGCAAAGCGGAAAUCUGGGUCAGAGAUGAGACCUGCCAGAGCCAAAUUUGACUUUAAAGCUCAGACGCUAAAGGAGCUUCCUCUGCAGAAGGGGGACAUCGUUUACAUUUAUAAGCAGAUCGACCAGAACUGGUACGAAGGGGAGCACCACGGCCGGGUGGGGAUCUUCCCACGCACCUACAUCGAGCUCCUUCCUCCCGCUGAGAAGGCUCAGCCCAAAAAGUUGACGCCGGUGCAGGUUUUGGAAUAUGGAGAAGCCAUUGCCAAGUUCAACUUUAAUGGUGAUACGCAAGUGGAGAUGUCCUUCAGAAAGGGCGAGAGGAUCACGCUGCUUCGACAGGUGGAUGAGAACUGGUACGAAGGGAGGAUCCCGGGGACGUCCCGACAAGGCAUCUUCCCCAUCACCUACGUGGACGUGAUCAAACGGCCGCUGGUGAAGAACCCCGUGGAUUACAUUGACCUACCUUACUCCUCCUCCCCGAGUCGCAGUACCACUGCGAGCCCACAGUUUCCUAGUCACAGCAAGCUCAUCCUGCCAGCCCCCUCAUCUCUGCCCCACUCCCGCCGAGCCCUGUCCCCUGAGAUGCACGCCAUCACCUCGGAGUGGAUCUCGCUGACCGUAGGGGUCCCAGGCAGACGUCCUCUGGCCCUGACCCCACCCUUGCCGCCUCUGCCUGAGGCUUCUGUCUUUUGUGCUGAUCCCCUUGCCCUGUCGGCGAGGGCUCGUUCCUCCUUGACCCUUGGCCUCCCCCACUCAAGUCGGUCAGAUGGCUCCACCAUACGCUCGACCGUCUCCCCUCUGGCCCUGCCGCCCCCUGACAGAGCCUACUCUCCGGCACCCAGUGCACUGGCUCCACUUCACGUCAACGGAGCCGGUGGUGUUCACGUGGCACCUCCCGGCAUCCACCAAGAUAGCUUCUCCCAGCUGCCGUUCGGGCGCUCGGAUAGGGUCAUCUCGGAGCUUAGCGAUGCUUUUAGCAGCCAGAGCAAGAGGCAGCCAUGGCGAGAAGAGAACGGCCACUAUGAAAGGAAAGCAGAGAGGGAGGCGGGUGAGAGAGGCCCUGGUGGACCCGCCAUCUCUAAGAAGAGCUGCCUGAAACCUUCCGACGUGGUCAGGUGCCUGAGUUCUGAACAGAGACUCCCAGAUCUCCGCAGCCCUGAGGAGAGCCGGCCCAGCAAGCCUCUGGGCAGCCCUUUUCCAGGAAGGGAGGCUGGGCAGACAGAGCUGCAUAGAGGUGGCGAGCAGGCUGGGAGGAGAGCUGCUCAGAGUGGUGUGAGCCAGCAACCUCAAGCCCAGCAGCGAAGAGUCACCCCAGACAGGAGUCAAACCCCACACGAUUCAUUCAGCUACCAAGCAUUAUAUAGCUAUGUACCACAGAAUGACGACGAGUUGGAACUCCGCGACGGAGAUAUUGUUGAUGUCAUGGAGAAAUGUGACGAUGGCUGGUUUGUUGGUACUUCAAGAAGGACAAGGCAGUUUGGUACUUUUCCAGGCAACUAUGUAAAACCUUUAUACCUAUAAGAAGACUGAAAGCCACAGAAAUUAUUUUUAUUGGAAGAUGAAGCAUAAUUCAUGAACCGGUCUCUUUAUUUAAACUUGAGUCAGUAGGAAAAUCAGUGCAGUGGAUGAAGUAAGAAACAAAGGAGAGGGACAGAGAAGUGUCUUGUUUAAAAUCCAUGCCUGCGUUUACUGUGCAUCAGACAGGGCUGAACUGUGUGCUGAACAAAAAGAAUUGAGGCAAACCCAUAUUCGCGUAGCUGCUUCUGGGAGCUGCUCCAGCCUUCACCUCCCUCCCACCUCCUGGGUAAUCUGACCUGGAGUAGAGCGAUUAGCCAGAAAUGCCUCCUACUGCCCUGGCCUUAACUAGCUCCCAUCUCAAAGAGUCCUUGAGCCUGAAGCAACCCUGGGAGCACGAGGCAGAAAAAUCCCAAGCCAUUUUCCAGAGGCUCCAUGCCUGAGAAUCCACCCGCUCCCCCUGCCUCUGUCCCAGGCCGUCCUGGAAUCAGUUGCUCCCCCGCACUGCUGGAGAACAUUCUGGGCUGCUGCGGCAGCCUGUAAACAGUAGCAGAGGCCCCCGGACUGCACAAGACUGAGUCCCUCUUUGGGCCUGCUGAGGCUGGUGAGAAAGUGGAGGCAGUACGCAGGUGCCCCACGCCAUCAGCCUGCUGUGCCGCGUGGCCCCUGAGGGCCCUGCUGUUCAAACUGAAAAGCACAUGACAGUUGCCCUUGGGAACUGAGGAGCAGGUGGCCAGGCAGGCAGGUUACCUUUGUAUUUCCAAGGUUUUUAGCCGAAGAGCUCUGGGGCUUGAGUCACUUGCACUGUGUUCCUGUCUCGUGUCACUGGCUUUUCAGAACGGCCGCCCUCAGGGCAGUGCGGCUGCCUUUAUCCGAGCACCACUGCUAACCUCUUUUUGGCUUGCGUUUGGCUAGGACGGUUUGGGGAUUCGGAGGCCCAUUGCCAUAGAAAAUGGAGAAUGAUGUUCAGCGAUUCAUUUAAUAUGCACAUGCGUGCUGGCUGCUGGGGAGGCCGGCGAACAAGACAUGCCCCAGGCUCACAAGGGACUUGGCAUCUCCAGUUUUACCCUCCACCCACUGUGGGAACUCAAGGGCCACUCGCUUUCAGUGCCCAGGGUUGUGAAUCUAAGGCACCCUUGUGCAGCGUCUCUCCAGAGCAGAGGCGCGGGUGCAGUGGCCCUGGGUGUGUGUGAAGCAGGGAUUCUGCUGUGUCCUUCGUGGGGCCUGGGUCCCAGGAACAAGGCUCUGGUGACACCUGGGGUACUUGAUCACAGCUCUGACCACCUCAAGGAUGUUCACUGGCCUCUGCUGGAUCCUUUAGUGGGUUGCAGAGAGAAAUGCGCCAUGCUUUGCCCCCUGCCCCCUGCCCCCAGAAGCCAGGGGUGAUUAGAGAGACAAAGAAAAAAAGAACUGAACGGAGAAAGACUGUGCUACGUGCUCAGAAGGGUGCGAGAGAGGAAGAGGGGGGUUUCUCUGGAGGGAUCCUAGAAAGCCUUGUCAUAUUUCUGUAUCCAUGUGUUCACUUUGAGUAACUAGGAUGCUGGAAGAACAUUGGUCUGAGAGUAGUUUAUUGUUGGGAAUACUUGGAACUUUUUCCAAAGUCUCCAAACACUCAUCCUCCCCACAAAGACACAUUCAAAGCCACAAGUCCGAGUAGCAAUCCUGGGUGGUGGGAGUGUGUACCGGCAGCCAAGGCUACCUGCACAUGGUUCCCAGUUGCCCCAUCAUCUGGAGUCCUUACAGAUAGACAGAAUUUGUGUUCAGUGCCUCUGCCUUGGCCACUGUCCCAGAUACCCAGUUUAGGACCCCACCAGCCCUCUUCCAACCCCCACCACCACCACCACCAUCCCCUGUAGCCAUUUUUCCCUCACUUUCUCCUUAUGCUUCUUUCAAGUCCUGUUCUCAGGAGAGACUGCCACUGAUUCAUUCACACCAAAGUGUAACUGACUGAUCAGAAGAAUGUGUCACCUCUUCCUGGAGGCAUUUGUUUUUAACUGGGAUGGAGCAGAGAGAGCCUUAAUCCCAAGGGGAAAGGCUGUAGAACUAGGGGUGGGAGGAGGGGGUCCCUGGGUAGGAUCCAGAGACAAGAGGGCUCUUGCUUUGGAAGGUGGGUCUAGACUCAGAAGCACUGUUCUCUGACUUCCUCUCUCUUGGAGGGGACAUAGGAAAAAUGCAUAUGCACGCGCGUUGUGCACGCAGCGUUUCUCACUCAUUUUGGAAUGUAAUUCUUGCAUUGGCUAACGUGUUUCAUGGUCUUUCUCAGAUGCAAACCAUUAAUAACACGAUCUUACAAGUUUUUUGAGGGGUGCUUCUUGAUUAAGUAGGUAAUUUUGAACACCUCUUUAAAUACAGCUAGAAAAUAAAACCAAUUUGUAAAGCCACAUUUGCAUAUGACUGCAGCCUCACGCAUUUGUAUAUCUCCAGAAAUCCAGGUCUCCCUCACCAGUUUGCCCUUUAAUAAAAUCUUAUGUUACAGUUUGCAUCACUUCAGCUUCCUAUGUAUGACUAAACAAGGAACAGAGGUUACCAAUUGCUCUUUUGUCUUCAGACAUUUAGUAAUAUAAAGUACCUAUUUUUAUGCUGAAAUGUUUAUACAGGUUUAAUAAUAGCAAGUGCAACUAACUGGCGCCUGCCUUGCAACACGUUUUGAUAUUUUAGCCAUGCUUCCUGGUAAGGCAAGCCCCAAAUUACUUAUCUUUUGCAGUCUCUCUGGGAUCAGUGAAAGAAAAAAAUAUCAUGUGUUUUAGAAGUGGGACUGUAAAUAUGUAUAUUGAACUUUGUAUAGCCCAUGUACCUACCUUGUAUAGAAGAAUAAUUUUAAAAUUUGAACGGAAGGGGGCAAGAUGAGGAAGUCAUGAAGUUUUUUUGCAUUUUUAUUUAAAUGAAGGAACUCCAAAUAACUCACUUACAAAUUUUUAGCACAAAAAAUAGCCAUUGUAAAGUGUUAAAAUUUACAGUAAUCAUUCUUUUGGGGAGAGAAGGUAGCCAUAACCUCAGUUACAGGUUUGUUUGAUUUUUUAAAAAUUUUCUGGUUUUUUUUGCAAUCCUAUUUAUCUGCAGUACUAUUAAGUCCUAUUACUAGGCUAGGUUACUAUGAAAGAUUAUAUUCUGAAGGAAAAAUAACUGACAUUAGGUAUAACCAAUUAAUUUAAAGUAUCGCCAUUUAAAUUAUACACUGAGAGCAUGUACUAUGCAGACACAGAUUUUUCUGUUCAUUUAUUUUUCUUAUUGCAGUGCAUUGAUUUGAUAAAUGUGUUGAAUUCUGACAUUUGCUGUACAUACUAUUUAAUAAACUUUAUGCUAAAUUGCGUGGCA